CACGGGUUUUUGACUGCUUCAGAGCAAUAAUGGGCGAGCUCUCGUUACGACCAACAAUCGAGCUCUGUGCAAAAUUGGAGUUCAUUGGUAUCUAAAUGAUGAAGUUCAAUGUUUCGAUCAUAAUUUUUGUUCUGUGUAUUGCCGGCAUCAAUACGAAAUCAAAUUGUGAUUGGAUUACAAUAGUGGAUACUCAGUCAAAUGAGAAUAAAAGAGAAACUAAUUUGAAUCUCUCCGCAAUCUGCGACGGGAUUUGUGGUAAAGCACAGACUUCUGACCCUUCUUCGAGCGUCUGCUGUAAUUUCAAAAAUGGUUCAGCGUUGUGCCAAAAAGAAAAUUCUAUUGCAAUAUUGUUUAAUCUAACUCAACUUCUACAAAAUUGCAGCCUAGUGUUUGAUAACAGUGGCUUGGAAGAAUGCGCAUCAUCCCCAAAAACAAGGAACAGUGCGAACAAAAAUGAGGACGAGGAGGAACACAAUGUGAGGUCUCGUGGUUUCACAAUCGAAGGUGUGAUUGGAAUCCUCAUUCUGUUUGUGGCUCUCUUUGUGCUCUUUAUCUACUUUUUGAAAACUAGUCGUUGGCGCUCUGUUGAAUAUAUCCGCACAGCUUGUAGCAACAGAUUCACUUUUCUUCUUUUCCAGAAUCAGAAGGAGACUGUUCGCUACUCCCAAGUGCUUAGUGAGGAUUUAGGACUGGAUGAUGAUGAUGAUGAUGAAGACUUCCGGUUGGGUGUGAAUGAGGACGACGAUAGUCUGACUGAUCUUCCUCCAAUCAAACUCUGACGGCGGGAGAUGAGAGGGAUAUUAGAUGCCAAACAUUGAGAUGAGAGGAAGCUGUCAAAUAUUAAGUUAAUUGCAACCAGAGGUGUUCUCCCAGUAUUCAUUGAUUACAAUUCACUGAU